AUGCCCAGUGACACCCCGGCCUUCAGCAAGCCCCCGGACGUCACGGGGCCGGGGGACAAGGCGGGCGGCUUCGGGAAGGCGGCAGCGCCCAUGGCGGCUGUCCCGGCGGACAGGGGUGCCGGCGCGGCGGGGAAGAAGCGGCCGCGUAUGCCCAAGUGUGCCCGCUGCCGCAACCACGGCUACUCCUCGCCGCUGAAGGGGCACAAGCGGUUCUGCAUGUGGCGGGACUGCCAGUGCAACAAGUGCAGCCUGAUCGCCGAGCGGCAGCGGGUGAUGGCAGCGCAGGUUGCACUGAGAAGACAGCAAGCUCAGGAAGAGGAACUGGGAAUCAGCCACCCAGUGCCCCUGCCCAGUGUCCCCGAGACAUUUCUUAAGAAGAACAGCGGUGGCAGCUCUUGCCUCUCGUUGGAAAGCAGCAGCCCUAUGCACUCAAUGAGUACAGCCAUGACAGCAGCUAGUACACCAUCAGAGGGACGGAUGCUCAUUCAGGACAUCCCUUCCAUCCCCAGCAGAGGGCACUUGGAGAGCACGUCUGAGUUGGUUGUGGACUCCACCUACUACAGCAGUUUUUACCAGCCAUCCCUGUAUCCUUGCUAUAACAACCUGUACAACUAUUCCCAGUACCAAAUGGCGGUGGCCAAUGAGCCUUCCUCAAGUGAGACAGGGGGUACGAUUGUAGGGUCAGCCAUGAAAAACAGCCUUCGAAGCCUCCCAGCAACGUACAUGCCAAGCCAGUCAGGAAAACAGUGGCAGGUGAAGGGCAUGGAGAGACACCACACUGUCAGCUCCCAGUAUCGCAUGUGUUCCUACUACCCACCUGCUUCCUACUUGGGGCAGGGAGUUGGCGCUCCCAUGUGCCUCCCCCAAAUCCUGACCUCUGAGGACAUCCCCUCCUCCUCGGAGUCAAAAGCAAGAGUGUUUUCGCCGCCCAGCAGCCAGGACUCGGGCCUGGGGUGCCUGUCCAGCAGCGAGAGCACCAAGGGGGACCUGGAGUGCGAGCCCCCCGCGCAGCCCGGCAACUUCGCGGUGAGCCCCGUCCAGGAGGGCGGCGAGUAG